UUCUUUUUUGUUUCUCUCUCUCAAAAAACUCGGGCAUAAUUCUUCUUCUCUAGUCCUCCAGAACAGUACUACUGCUAGCAAACACAGCAUUCAUAACUCACAGAUGUCAACAGUUUUCUUCUACAACUCAUUACUUACUUAAAUCCAAAAAAUCCCUGAAUUCCUCACAAUCCAAAUAUGCUUUCUUCAUCUUCAUCUCCUCCUUCAGAUCAUCAUUUCUAUUCAUCACCAACCAUGACUAAAACCCUAAAUCGCAAUAAACCCUUUUCUUCUUCAUCUUCUCUUGUUUCUAAUCUUAUUCGUUUUUUAGGAGGAGCCACAGUUGCGUUUUUAGUUGUUUGGACUCUUUUCUCCACUAUAGACACAUCAAAACCUAAUUUCACCCCGAGAUUAUCCAACACCGAUUCAAAGUCAUCCGUGGAUGAUGAUUCUUUAGAUUUUGAUCUGGGUGUUCAUGGAAUUAACCUCAAAGAAGAACCAGAAUCGGAAAAUUUCUAUGAUGAUCCGAAUCUGAGUUACUCCAUGGAAAAACCCAUAAAAAAUUGGGAUCAGAAAAGAAAAGAUUGGUUGAAUCAACACCCUUCAUUUGCAUCUGGGGUUAAUGAACGGAUUUUGUUAGUCACUGGAUCUCAAAUGAAGCCUUGUAAACAUCCCAGUGGAGAUAGUAUGCUACUUAGAUUUUUCAAAAACAAAGUUGAUUAUUGUAGAAUUCAUGGGUAUGAUAUUUUCUACAACAACGCUCUGUUUCAACCAAAAAUGACUGGUUGUUGGGCUAAACUACCACUCGUCCGUGCUGCGAUGAUAGCUCACCCUGAAACGGAGUGGAUUUGGUGGGUCGAUUCAGAUGCUGCAUUUACCGACAUGGAGUUCAAGAUUCCUCUAGAAAGGUACACAAAUAAAAACUUUAUUUUACAUGGAUGGAAUAAAGAAGUUUUUGAAGUUCAUAGUUGGGUUGGUUUAAAUGCUGGGAUUUUCUUGAUUAGAAAUUGCCAAUGGUCUUUAGAUUUUAUGGAUGCUUGGUCGAAUAUGGGUCCAUUAUCACCUGAUUAUGAUAAAUGGGGUAAAAUCUUAAAAUCAAGUCUGAGGGAUAAAGUAUAUGAUGAUGCCGAUGAUCAAUCAUCACUUGUUUAUUUGAUGCUAAAAGAGAAAUCAAAAUGGGCAGACAAGAUUUAUUUAGAGCAAAAGUAUUAUUUUGAAGGGUAUUUUCUUGAAGUACUGAGUAGAUUUGAUAAUAUAACGAAAGAGUAUUUGGAAGUGGAACAAGCUGUGAGUAAAUUAAGAAGAAGACAUGCAGAGAAAGUCACUGAGCAUUAUGCUGACUUGAGAGAACCAUAUAUUACGAAAUUAGGAAAUGGUUAUCAGAGUCUGAGAAAGCCGUUUAUUACACAUUUUGCUGGUUGUCAACCUUGCAGUGGUUUACAUAAUGCAUCUUAUUCUGACGAUGGUUGCUGGAAAGGAAUGGAGAAGGCUUUGAAUUUUGCUGAUAAUCAAGUGCUGCGUAAUUUCGGAUUGAUUCGACGUGAUCUAAUGGAUCCUUUUUCAUUGACUUCUAUGGAGUUUGAUGAGGCUUCUGGUUGAAUAUUAUAGUAUUAUGGAUCGAAUUUUAUUAAUUUUGUUGUUUAAAAAUGGUCGCAUCAAAUUACUAGUGCAUAGAAUUUUUAAUGGGGUUUAUACUUUAGACUGUGAUGAUGAAAUAGUAAUUUGAUGCCACACAUCUUUGAUAGAGAAAAAAGAAGAGUAUUCUAUGUGAAUUAUCUUUAAUACUUUUUACUUUUACUUUAUAUUUUCUUUAUGAUUUUUUUCUUUUGUUAUGUCGUUUAGAAUGUUAAAUUUGCCCGACACCUAAAAAAUGUAAUCAUGUGUAUAUUAUUCUCUGAAGUUAUUUUGGUGUGUG